AUGAGGAUGAGCGGAGAGGAUUACACUCAUGGCGAUGGAUUUGGCUGCGCUGCCAUGUUGCCUUGGGUGAACCAAUCCCGAGUAUCUCGAAUGAAGUGGAAACAUGCAAAAUUCCAAAUGGUCUCCUCCAAGCCACGAGAUCUGGUGCCAUUGCUACUUGCCCUCGUCGCCAUCAAGUGUCAAGCCAAAAGUGAGGAUCCAUUUGAAACUCGACCUAUAAACAUCUGGUGUUUUGGUCUAGCCAAAUGCAUCUACUGCCUUGCCAUUGGAAUAAUGAAUCAAAUGCAAACUCGUGUUGCAAAAUACUAUCAAAUCUUUGACCAUGUUGUUCUCGUCUCUGGAACUCUUUCUUCGGUCUCAUUGGCAUCUAUUCUCUUCCCUCGCUUCCCUAGACAACUCAUUUUUGUUGUAUUAAUAGUACUUGCACGGAAUAUGAUUAAACGUGUAUAUUAUUGGGUCUACAAUGGAGUAACCAAGGUGAUUACCCUCAUUCCCACCAUCAAAAAUUGGUUCGCUCGACAUGACACUGACGCGAUAGAGCAGCCAGAUCCAUCUCCACCAGUAUAA